AUGAAAAUUAUUCUCUAGAUUUUUUGGACUAUUUAUAGAUUUGCAGAGAAAUGGAGUAUUUUAAUUGUUAUUAUCUAUUUACUUGCAUUUCCUUUGAUAUCUGGAAUUUAUUCUUUAAUUGAAGAUGUUAUGAAUUAUCAAUAUAAAUCUAUAUAGUUAAAAGACCAUUAAUAAUCAAUAUUUUCAUUUCUCCCAUUUAUUUAGUUCACUCUUUUUAUUUUAUAUCAUUUUGGAACCAAUUAUGAUGUUCUUAAGAAUAAUUAUUUUGAAACAUAUCACUUUAUAAAUGAGAAAUUAUGCUAUUAAUCCAUUGUAUUGCCAUGUGUAUUUUUUUGUUGA